AUGACCAUCGCUCAGAAGGUCCUUUACUCCCCCCAGAUCUCCACCUUCCUCGCCGUCCUUGCGACCACCAUCGGCCGUGAUAAGACCUACCGUCUCAUCCAGUACAUCUCGCGUAUCCUCGCCUGGUCGUACGGUCGUCGUGGUCUCGUCGAGGCCGCCGCCCGCUUCAAUGCCCUCAAGGGUGGUCUUGGCAUGGGCCGUAAGAUGAUGCGUAUCUUCAAGCCCCUUGAGAACCUCCGCUCUGCCCUCAACAUUAGCGAGCAGCCUCUCGCCGGUAUUCCCCGCACUCAGAGGAUCGCGCAGACGACGCAGUUCGCGCGUCAGCUCUGUUACGCCGUGUUCCUGUCGACUGACACGCUCGUCUGGCUCCAGAGCAUCAAGUUCCUGCAGUUUGACAAGGAGAAGGCUGCCAAGGUGUCUCGUAUCUCGAACAAGGCAUGGAUCAGCGGUCUCACGCUCUCGAUCAUCUCGUCUCUUGCCUCGCUGGCCAACCUCCGUGCUCAGGCCAGGCGGUUUGCUGUCCGUGCGGACGCCGGCCGCGCCGCCUCAUCGGAGAAGGCUCCCGAGGACGCUGCGGCCGACGAGGCCGAGCGCCGCAAGCAGGGCCGUGCCCUCCUCGCUCAGCGCCAGCAGAUCAUGAGCCAGCUCAUCGGCGACUCGCUCGACAUCUUCAUCCCCGCCAACAACCUUGGCUACACGCACAUGUCCGAGGGCUUUGUCGGUCUCUGCGGUACCAUCACCUCGUACAUGGCCCUCCAGAAGGUUUGGGCCAAGCAGGCCGCCGGCGUCCGCGCCAAGAGCGCCUAA